GUUGUGUCUUUUUUUUUUGCGCUUGCGCAAGUAGGCUAUUGGUAAAACUCCCCCAAGACCCAUUACCUAAUGAAUGCAGGCAAGGCAUUAAACUGCCACAUGGUCAGCGCCCCAUACCGACCAUCGUGCAAUCCAAUACCUCUGCCCAGGUUGAGCAUGCGAAGUGUGAGACACCAUCUACAUGUCACUACCACCACCGCUAUCGUCGCCGUCGUCAUCGUCGUCUCUCCCCGGGUCUCUCUCUCCUUGCCCACCCACCACCUUCAACGCGGCCCGCCAUACGAUGAGCCAUACGAUGACGGCAAUAUAUCCAAGGCGCGCGCGUCAGCGACCGUCGCAGAGGGUUGUCGACCGGUUCCACGACCGACGAGAGUGACACCCCCAUCUAGUCACCUACGCGAACCCGGCGGUGCAUACCUGUCCCAUCUGGGCCGCAUCAAGAGAUCAUGCAUGCAGCCCUGUAUGGGCUCGUCCUGUGUCAUCACCGGGCACUUGUUCUGCCCUACGGUGGCAUUUUGGUACCACCCUCCGACACCUCGGUUGAAACACUCCGAUCAGGGGGGGCUCGGCCGUCGGCCGCUCCCAAACGCGGUUGGGAGCAAGCAGCCCAGGCGAAUCCUCUCGUGCUCUCGUCCGUAUAUAGUGCUGCGCGUGCGCCCCUAUGCGCCGACGAAUGCAUCCGUGGUAGGGCGCCGGGACGAGUUGGGUGAAGGCAGUUGGAUGAGGGAGGGAUGGAUGGAUGGAUGGAUGAAUGGAUGGAUUUGACCACAACCGUCCGACCGCCACCCGGCCAACUAGUACGUCCCACGUAACCUGCCCAACCUCUAGCCUAGGACUCGGAAACGUAGCCAUUGGCGGCUCCCGCCAGCGCGACGCUCUAAAAAUG